UUCAAUCAAUAAAUGAAGGAAGCGAAGAAAGAGUAAGGGUGCGAUUGUCUUGGAACCGGGGGGUUUAGAAGCAGCAGCAGCAAGCGAGACGGGAGUAACAAGAAAAGGAAAAGGAUGGGAAAGCAACCGGUGAGAAUGAAGGCGGUGGUGUACGCUCUGUCACCGUUCCAGCAGAAGGUAAUGCCUGGUCUAUGGAAGGAUCUGCCUGGCAAGAUACACCACAAAGUCUCCGAGAACUGGAUCAGCGCCACCCUUCUCCUGGGUCCACUCGUCGGCGUCUACACGUAUGUGCAAAACUAUCAGGAAAAGGAGAAGUUGUCACACAGGUACUGAGGUCAGGCAGGUGGUCAAAUGGAUGUCUGCUUUUUCUCGAAGACUUGAUAUUUUUUCUUGUUCUGCUGGCAAAUAAGCUGAAUGUUACUAGCUGCAUUUGCAGUUUUCAGAACUUGCAAAUUUCUUCUGUACUGAGUCAUUCUGAUGAUUUAUAGCUUAUGUUCCAACUUGCUUUUUAGCUUUUUUGUGAUGUUGCAUGUUCAUCACCUGUUGUGACCCAAUUAUAAGAUUCGGGUGUGGCAUAUUUCUCUCUA